CAGUGCUGAACUCUGCAAAGUACAGCCAGGAACCGGGGGGGAGAGAGAGAGAAGCAGACACACAGAGAGAGACACACACAGACAGACCGACGGGGAGCUGGUAUCGCUACCACCAUGAGGGAAAUAGUCCACAUCCAAGCUGGCCAGUGUGGAAACCAAAUUGGAACCAAGUUUUGGGAAGUGAUCAGCGAUGAACAUGGCAUUGACCCAGCCGGAAGCUCUGUCGGUGAUUCACCGCUGCAGUUGGAAAGAAUCAAUGUCUAUUACAAUGAAUCAUCUUCCCAGACAUAUGUACCCAGAGCAAUUCUGGUGGAUUUGGAACCUGGGACCAUGGAUAGUGUACGAUCUGGCCCAUUUGGACAGCUCUUUCGGCCUGAUAAUUUCAUAUUUGGACAAACAGGUGCUGGAAAUAACUGGGCCAAAGGACAUUAUACAGAAGGAGCAGAGCUUGUAGAUUCAGUGCUUGAUAUAGUAAGAAAAGAAUGUGAACACUGCGAUUGUUUGCAGGGAUUUCAGCUCACUCAUUCCCUUGGAGGGGGAACUGGCUCUGGGAUGGGAACUCUACUCAUCAGCAAAAUCCGAGAGGAAUAUCCUGAUAGGAUAAUGAAUACCUUUAGUGUCAUGCCAUCACCUAAAGUCUCUGACACUGUCGUAGAACCGUAUAAUGCUACACUCUCCGUUCACCAGCUGGUGGAAAAUACAGAUGAAACCUACUGUAUUGAUAACGAAGCACUUUAUGACAUCUGCUUCCGCACUCUGAAACUCACCACUCCAACAUACGGGGAUCUGAACCACUUGGUGUCGGCUACAAUGAGUGGGGUGACAACAUCAUUGCGUUUCCCAGGCCAACUAAAUGCAGAUCUACGCAAGCUGGCAGUCAACAUGGUUCCAUUCCCACGUUUGCACUUUUUCAUGCCAGGAUUUGCUCCCUUAACUGCCAGAGGCAGCCAGCAAUACCGGGCCCUCACAGUCCCAGAGCUCACUCAACAGAUGUUCGAUGCCAAAAAUAUGAUGGCAGCUUGUGAUCCAAGACACGGACGGUAUCUGACAGUAGCCACAGUCUUCCGAGGACCCAUGUCCAUGAAGGAAGUUGAUGAACAGAUGCUGGCCAUCCAGAACAAGAACAGCAGCUACUUUGUGGAAUGGAUCCCAAAUAACGUCAAAGUGGCAGUUUGCGAUAUAGCACCCCGGGGCCUUAAGAUGGCCUCCACUUUUAUUGGCAACAGCACCGCUAUUCAAGAGCUCUUCAAAAGAAUCUCAGAGCAAUUCUCAGCCAUGUUCAGGAGAAAAGCAUUUCUUCACUGGUUUACAGGUGAAGGAAUGGAUGAGAUGGAAUUUACUGAAGCAGAGAGUAAUAUGAAUGACCUUGUGUCUGAGUACCAGCAGUACCAAGAAGCUACAGCAAAUGAUGGAGAGGAAACAUUUGAAUAUGAGGAAGAAAUUAAUGAAUAGAAGCUAUUUAAUGUGAUUCCCAAAAUGCUCAAGUCUGAAUAGCUAGUUCUAGCUCCAGUCUUUUCCAAGAUAGUUAAGAAUGCAUAGAAGGGCUUAUUUUUCAGGGCCUGGGUCUUCUUAGCCACUGCUGACCUUGAAGUGGAUGUUGAAUGUUCUGCACCAGAUGCUAAUCUAAGGUUCUGCUCUAAAUCAGUUAUUCUCCUGGCUUGAGAAUGUUGGCUUAGACUUUAGAUGCCACUCGACUUAUUAAAUAGGUGUACCUGUCUCUCGGAAUGGAAGGAAGCAGAGGAUUAUAUUGUUUUUGAAAAGAGGGCUAACAGUUUUUCCUGAGAAAAAAGACCAGGUUUGAUCUUAUUCACACAUUUAAAAGUAAACGCUAUUGAUACUAGUGGGACUUACAUCCAAGUAAAUGUGUUUUUGAAUUGCAGUGUUGGUGAGCCUUUUGAGUGCUAUUCUGUAUGGAGUAUCUAGUAUUGAGCCGCUGGGAACACACUCUAAUAAAAAUGAUGGAAAGAA